AUGCCUCAGAAGACCUUCAAGCUCUGCAGCAUAUGCGGCAGCAAGGGGCAUAAUUGCCGAGCUUGCCCUUUUCCGGGUGCUGCCUUGGUUCGCUCGCUCAAAGCACAGCUCCGUGCCAAGCCUGCCAAGGGCAGGAAGCUUCGUGGCACAGGCGAUGCCGCCAAGCGUAGCAAGACAAAGUCCACCGUGCAGAAGACUCGCAAGAACCACCUGAAGAAGAAGCAGUACCAGAAGCAGGCUCGCCAGUCCUACUCCAACACGAACGUUUCCUCCAGUGACGCCAGCAAGAAGAAACAGAAAUGGACGGGGCCACGGGGUGUGGGCAUGGGUGAGAUGGCAUUCGAGAUUCUUUCAGAAGCCGGCAUGCUCAAUGUGCCCGCCUACUGCAACCUCUACGUGAAGUGCUCUUACCGGAACUGCCAGAGAUGGCAGAAUGUCCUGUGCUUCUGCGACUGGUUGCCAGGCAAUUAUUUUCGUGGCUUGACCUGUGCUGUUCUCCUGGCAAUCAUUGUGGAGUACUUCUCCAACACCAAGCCCCGGAUCAGUGGCAUCAGCCGGAAGCUCUUCAAGACGACUUCGGUAGUCCAGUCUCUCUUCAACGUCUUCCGGAAGAAAGAAGCUGCGGCAGGACGGCGCGAGCUCCGAACCAUCAAGCUCAAAGGAUCUGUUGAAGUGGACGGGUCUUCCUUGCGGCUUCUUCACGUGAGCCCCCAGAACUCCUGGUUUGCCAAGCAUGUGUGCGAGUGGCGGCGCAGGCAUCCCGGCCAGCGCAUCCCCAAAUACUUCGUGGCUCACAUUCGUGUGUGCGGUGCAGUUGAGCGCGGCUUGAAUGGUCGUGUACUUGUCUUGCCGAUGCCCAUUGUCCUGCUGCAGCCCGGCAGUCGUCCUCCGGCCGAAUCAGUGUCAGAUCUCCGCGUCGCCAACUUGGCGAACCACCUCACGGGAAAGAAGACGACCGUGUUCAGUGACGGUGCCAAGGCCUUCCGGAAGUUGGCCCGAAACAAUGCUUACCAGCAUUCGGAAGUGAAACAUGUGAAGUCUCAGUUCACCGCUGCACUGCGUCACAAGAGCUCCAGCGGCGCCAAGACCGCGGGCACGCAGCUGCUGGAUCGGCUCUGGCGGGACUUGAAGGAGUUCCUGCCAAAGCAAGUUGCUAGCAAGAGGGAUGGCCAUGUGAACCAAGAGAUUUGGGAGUAUGCGUAUGCUUGGCAGCAUCGCAGAAAUCGCGACGACAGCUGGGCAGCGGCCAAGGAGCUCCUGAGAUCCGUGUAG